GAAGUGUCCGAAGGCGGGCGGAGACAGCGCGAUGGCCCCGGACCCCUGGUUCUCCGCGUACGAUGCCACCUGCCAAAUUGCACAAGACAUCGCCGAGAAAAUCCAACAGCAAAAUCAGCAUGGAAGAAGUGGUGAAAAUACAAUCAGGCUGACCGUGACAAUCAGAGCUUUGUUGCAGAGUCUGAAGGAAAAGAUCGCCCUUUUGAAGGACUUAUUGCUAAGAGCUGUGUCAACACAUCAGAUAACACAGCUUGAAGGAGACCGGAGACAGAACCUUCUGGAUGAACUCAUAACCCGGGAGAGGCUCCUUCUGGCAUCCUUUAAGAACGAGGGGGCAGAGCCCGAUCUCAUCAGACAGUCGCAGGUUAACUCUCGCAGCGGAAUCCAUGGCUGCAGGGGCUUCCCCUUCGGGGGGGUUGUCCGCGGAAGCCUCCUGGAGCCCAAAGCAGAUUGA